UAGUAAAUUCUAUGGUUCCAUUUCACAUUGGAAUCCAACAAGAAAAUUUACUAAGUUUAAAAAUUAGUACGUUAAAUUCUUAAGAUAAAUUGCGUUGUUUUUAUUAUCUGCAAUCUUAUCAUUUUAACUAUUAAUCCUAAAGGAUGUCAGAAGUAAAUGAAGAAAAUGAAAAUGGUAGACGAUGCAGCGAAUCUUCUGAUUCCGAAUACGAUCCUCAAUACAAACCAAUAAUUUCUUUGCCUGAAGUUGUAGUUUCUACUAAUGAAGAAGAUGAAGUUGAACUUUUGAAAGUUAGAGCUAAAUUGUAUAGGUGGGAUGCUCAUGGCGAUCCAGCGGAAUGGAAGGAGCGUGGUACGGGUGACUUGAAAAUUCUUCGUAACUCUAUAAACAAUAAUGUUCGAAUAGUUAUGAGGAGAGAUAAAACUCUCAAAGUAUGUGCAAAUCAUUUUAUUGUGCCCUGGUUAGAAUUAACUCCAAAAUCUGGUACUGACAAAGCCUUUGUGUAUAGUGUCAUUGCAGAUUUUGCAGAUGAACAAGCUAAAAGUGAAAUGUUUGCUGUGAAAUUUGGAAAUGUAGAGAAUGCAAAUUUAUUCAAGUCAAAGUUUGAAGAAGCAAAGGAAAUUUUAAAAACAAAGUGCAGUCUGUAUAAUGGAGAAGAUGAAAGAGAACAAUCUGAUGAUGAAAGAGAACAAUCUGAUGAUGAAAGUGAAAAAUCUAUUGAAGAAAAUGAUGAAAAGAAAGAUGAUGCCACUCUUGAAAUUAGUAAGAAGCUUUCUGACCUAGAGGUAUCUAAAAAUCAAGAAAAUUCUGAGGAUUAGGCUAAGUUUUGAAAUAGAACAAUUGAUAUAUACGUGGAAUUUUAUACAUUGUUGCAGUUUCUGAAAUAUUUUCAAAAUUUAUUGACUCUUAUUUCAUGUUGUCAUAGUUCAUAGAAUUUCAACAUUCCAUUUGUAAUUUGGCUGGAUACUAUUUUUAUAUUCAACACAUCAACCUGAGAUAUUGCAAAGAAUAUCUAGUUAUGAAGUCAUGUACUUUUAAAUGAAGAGAUAAUAAAAAAUACAUCUCA